CUGUUAAGACGAAUCGCAGCAUCCGCUAAUUACAGUACCGAUAAUAUGAAGGUUAAGAUAACGGUAUUAUUAAUAUUGUGCAGUUGUCUAUUGUUAUUAACACAAAGAACAGAGGCGCAGGAUCCGUGGCCAAAUGAUGAGGCAUCGAUUCUUGAGAAGAAGAGUGCUGAGCUUCCAGUUUCAAAUAUUUCGGGGGAGCCAUUGAUUGAGGAAAACGCAACGGAGAUACCUCGAGGUGAAGAAAACAAUUGGAGUGAUAUUGAAUGCGCCAGUGAGAGGGCCAAUGAAGUCGUAACUUUUGUGCUAGAAACUACCGAAACUACAACGAGGUCAGUAACUGGCAACGUGGCGGAGCUUGUUGAGAAGAACGGCAAUGAUUCAAAAAAGAAAAUAUUUUCUAACUUAGAACAAGAACAGAAUAAGCUCGAAAGCAAUGUCGACGCUGUAAAAGUAGCUCUCUCUCAGGCGAGUAGCCGAGUCAGGGUUGAACCGCAGAAUUUAGAUAAUUCAGUAGUUUCGGUGCCCAAAGACUACCCAAGUGAAGUUAGAGAAGAGAGAAUGGAUGUCCAAGUAACUACAGACACGAAAAUGACAAUUGAGCAGGACGAAACGCACAACAGAAACGAAGAAGAAAACCGACAGUCUGAUGUGCUUGUAAAUGAAGCAGCUUUUCUGCGAAAGCAAGUUGAACGCGCUGAGAGCGAGCGUGAACUUCAGGUUUUUGAAAAGAUUAACGAAGAACUCACAGACGCAGUUGUUGGAAACAGUUUGACACUAGAAAAGGUUGCAAUUGAAAUUGAAGGCGAUGUUGUUGCACAGUCUAAAGACACCACAACUGACAUGGAUUUAUUGAACACUACAGUUUCACACUUAAAAAUUCCUGUGUCCGAAGCGGAUGCUCCCAGCAGAAGUGAAUUAGAAAUAACGCAGAUCGUUAAAUCUGUGGAACAGACGGAGCUCCCGCCCGCAAACAAAGAGAAACAGCCAAACUUUAUAUUGUUUGAAAAUGAGCUUUUAAGCACAAAGACUUUAGCAAUUGAAGGAGAAGAAGUAAAGGACGUGCCAGCGAAUGAGGAUACCACAAGUGCUGCAGAAGAAACUACCACCGAAGUGACGACUAUAAGCAACGACGAAUCUGUGACAGAGAUGCCAAAAAUUAUAGCGGAGAACCAGGAUAUUAUAACAGAAACCCCAGAAACAAACAGUGACGAAACAGUAACAGCGAGUGCCGAGCCCACAACCGCUUCGCUUUGCACCACACCAGGUAGGCAUGCCGUGGAAAAUGAUUGUCGCGCUUACAUUACGUGCACACACGCAGCCACAGGUGAACUACAGCGCACGCAGACGAGCUGCCCAACCAGCCAAGCUUACGAUCCCGAACUACAGCGUUGCUCACGCGAUCUCUCACCCUGCACGGACAACUUUCGCUGUGAACUAGAAGGCACAUACGCAGAUCCAAGUGAUAAUACCUCAUAUUACUGGUGCGUGGCAUCACGUCUAAGUACCGUCCAACACAUUUAUCACAUACAAUGCGGCAGUGGGCAAAUCUAUACGCCCGAAUUAGGUAAAUGCUUUGUGGAUAUGACAAAUUUGCAGAAUUUAUCAUUGAAUUAUGAAUUGUAUAUGAGUAAAUCACCCGAUGAAGAGUGUGUGCGCGAAGAGGUCAAAGUGCUGAGAGCCGAAGAGAAAGCUAAACUUAAGGCGGCUAAAUUGCGUGAGAAAAUACAAAAGAAAUAUGAGAAAGAGCUCUUGAAAAAAGCGGCUAAGGAGGCUAAAGAGCAGGCGAAGCUGCAAGGCAUAUCGCUGGACGUGGCUGAGCGGUCCAACUUCGUUUGCACGCAAGACGGAAGUUACGUGGCGGCGGCGGAAAGCGUUUACGAUUACUUCAUUUGCACGGGACAGAAGAAGGGUAAAUUUAAAGCAGUUGGCAUGAAAUGUACGGAAGGGCAACAUUUUUCUGCUACACAAAAUAUGUGCGUAGUUGAUUAAUUUAUAUAUGUAAAUGUGUUGUUAACAAAUAAAAAAAAAAAAAACGAAACAAAAUAAAAAUAAAUAAAUAUACCGUAAUCAAGCAGCUAAUCAAGGUUUAAUCUUGAGGCGUAAAGGAAAUAAUUUGGAAAUAUGCUCGCGAGCUCCAUUACUUCCUUUUCUUUCGCACAGCGCGUGC